AGUUAUUAUCACCCAAGCAAUACUCACAAGUCUUCUUUCUCUCAGUACGAAGAGAGAGAGAGAGAGAGAGAGACGACUUGACUCGACCAGACCAUGUCGCUUCCUGUAGUCUUCUUAGUCCUCUUCUCCGCCGCCUUACUCGCCGCCGGUGAGAUCCGGUACUCCGAGAUCCGAUCCGACGACCGCACCAUCAUCCCCUUCGAUGAGUUUGGAUUCACCCACCGCGGCCAGCUGGAGCUCAACGUUACCCAACUCUCCCUAUCCGGGCCGGCACCCGAUCCGUCGACGCUGUCCAAAGUUGGAUUCUUCCUCUGCACCCGGGACGCAUGGAUCCAUGUGCUACAGCAAAUCGAGGAUUCUGAGAUCAACUGCGCCCUCGGAUCCGACGCUGUACAGAAAGUCUUCACCUUUGAUCGCCUCCCCAACCCAACCACUUCUGAGUUCAAUUUCCUUUACCCUGAAACCGAUGCCAAUCAGUACACACUCGUAUUCGCCAAUUGCCUACCGCAGCUCAAGGUCUCGAUGAAUGUUCGCUCCGCGAUGUACAACUUGGAAGGCGGCAAGUCCAACCGCCGGGAUUAUCUCUCCAUUGGUAAAACCGUUUUGCCUAGGGUCUAUUUCCUCUUCUCCCUGGUUUAUUUCAUUUUGGCUGCAGUUUGGAUUAAUAUAUUGUACAAGAAGAGAUUGACUGUUUUUAGGAUUCAUUUCUUUAUGCUGGCUGUGGUUCUGUUGAAGACGCUGAAUUUGUUGUGUGAGGCUGAGGAUAAAUCUUAUAUUAAGCGAACUGGGUCUGCCCACGGUUGGGAUGUAUUGUUUUAUAUAUUUAGUUUCUUGAAAGGGAUCACUCUGUUUAGUUUGAUUGUGUUGAUUGGAACUGGAUGGUCAUUCUUGAAGCCCUAUUUGCAAGACAAGGAAAAGAAGGUUUUGAUGAUUGUGAUUCCACUUCAGGUGGUUGCGAACAUAGCACAGGUUGUGAUCGACGAGACAGGACCUUAUGGUCAGGAUUGGGUGACCUGGAAACAGGUUUUCUUGCUGGUUGAUGUGGUCUGCUGUUGUGCUGUACUGUUCCCAAUUGUCUGGUCGAUCAAGAACUUGCGUGAGGCAGCAAGGACCGACGGGAAGGCUGCCGUGAAUUUGAUGAAGUUGACAUUGUUUAGGCAAUACUACAUUGUUGUGAUAUGCUACAUUUACUUUACACGGGUUGUGGUAUAUGCACUGGAGACGAUCACUUCUUAUAAGUAUCUUUGGACAAGCAUUGUGGCAGGAGAGCUGGCUACACUGGCAUUUUAUGUUUUCACUGGGUAUAAGUUCAAGCCUGAGGCCCACAAUCCGUAUUUUGCGGUUGAUGAUGACGAGGAGGAGGCUGCAGCUGAGCAAUUGAAGCUUGAAGAUGAAUUUGAACUCUGACCUGCCUGUAUUUGACGAGUACUUUGGGUGCAUCCAUAAAUUGAUGAAGCAUGAGGUAGAAGUCGAUCCCUUUGUAGUUCUUCUUUCCUUUUUCUAUUUUACUUCAUUUUUCGAUUUUGCUUUUCUUCGGUUGGUUAUAUAUACUGAAUAAGUAGUGUAAUCUCACAAACUUGUAGAUUUGUCUGUGAAUUUUGUUGAAAGAAUUGUGGAACCCUGUUACUUAUUUUUUAUGUAAUGCAAAGCUGGACUCGUAUUUCAUUUAA